ACUUCAAAGCUGAGCCUUUGUCUGUGUUGUUGUUACUUCUUGGCUUCCCAAAGGAAUGACUAAUAACUUUUCCUGGAUUUUCAGCGGAAAUGUGUUGAUUUUGCAGGCUUAUUUGAAUGUCUGUAAAAACCAUGGAAUAUUCAUUGCCUUACACACCACAGCUUGCAGAACGAUGCAACGAUCCCAGCACUGAAUUCUAUGAUGAAGAACUUGAUAAAUGCUGCAGCCAGUGCCCUCCAGGUCAGUAUAGGACAGGGAGCUGCAGUCACACCACGGACACCAAGUGCAGCCCCUGCAGACCUAAAACCUACACAGCCAUCUGGAAUCAUUCUCCACAGUGCUUUGCCUGCUCAGCACCCUGCAGGAAAGGGCUUGUACAGAAUCAAACGUGCACCAGGUCCCAGGACAGGAUCUGUAGCUGCCCACCCCACAAGUACUGUGUUUCCAAGCUGGAUGAGUACUGUGAAGUUUGUAGAACACACAAAAAAUGCGGCAAAGGCUACCGGGUUUCCAGAAGAGGGACAGACAGCACAGACACAGAAUGUGAACCUUGUCCUCCUGGCACGUUUUCCCCUGAGGAAUCCUACAACACCAGCUGCACACCCCAUACCGUCUGUAAAUCAGUGGCUGUCCCUGGGAACAGCAGGAAUGACACUGUUUGCAGUGACUCGGGAACAGCCACGGUUCUGCCUCACACCAUUUGGAACCUACUUGUGACCCAGAACCCAGCUUCCCACAAAGCUGAAAUAAUAACUCAACCUGUCAUGUUAAACUCUGUACCUGACCUGUCCCACAUCACUGGAGCAGUAGCAGGGCCAUUGUUACUGAUCCUGAUAAUUGCUAUUUUGGGGUAUUGCUUAGUCUCAAAAAAAAAAGCCCCUGUGUACUCUGCAGCAGCUACAGAGGCAGGUUUGCCUUUCCCCCCUGCAGAAAAACAGUGUGACAAAAAAAUCAGAGAUCCAGAUUUGCAGAACUCCAGGAGUUCUGAACAGGAACAACAGCAUCUCUUGGAAACUUCUGGGUCCAGCAGCAGUAUCCUGAAUCCAACUGGAUCUGCAACCAGCAGUGUAAUAAGUAAAGAGAAGGAUGAAAAUAAAAACUCAGGAGGAUUUCAGCAGCAACAUUCACCUCCUGAAGGUUCUAAAUUCCUGAGUGGAGACAGACACAGCUCUGCAAGUUCAGAAUAUUCUGGUAAUGGAGGCACGCAGGUGAAUGUGACGUGCAUUGUGAAAUUUUGCAGACCAGACUGUAGCUCCCAGUGCCCUGAGCAGAUAAAUUCAACUGUCAGGGAUAAUGGGCACAGUCCCUGGGGUUCCCCAACAGGAGAAGAAACCCUCCCUUCAAAAGAAGAAAAUGCCUUGAACAAAGAAACCGAAAUUCAUAUUGCAGUGGAAAAUGAGGACAAUUUACUUCAAGACUUACUUCCAGAAGAAAAGAAGGUUCCUCUGGGCAUUCAAGAUGCUGGGAUGAAAACCAGUUAAAGGAAAUUACAGAUCAUAUGCAGAUUGACUGAUAAUCAAACAACCUCUUGUCUUAUAAAACAAACAUUAUGGUAAAUGUAGCUUUCUCACAGAGAUUUGAAAUUUCAGAUGAAUAUAGACACUGAUGCUUUUUAGUGUCUUCUGUUGCU